AGCGUAGUGUUGUCUCAGUUGGAUAUUUCCACCGGUGCCAUGCCGUACCUCGAUGUCGCUGUGGCUCUACUAGCCGCCUUCAUCGCGUUCACCUUGUGGACCAACCGAAGAUGGAACUACUGGAAGAAACAGAACGUCAAGUACUUGACGCCGAUCCCUUUCCUGGGGAACGUGGCUGAUGUGAUCUUCCAGAGGGACACCUUCGGCGCCGUGACGCAGAGGAUCUGCCAGCAGUUCCCCGAUGAAGCCGUGGUCGGCAUGUUCUACUGCAGCAACCCUGCAGCCCUCGUACAGUGCCCCGAUAUGCUCAAGACAGUCAUGGUCAAGGACUACGCCUACUGCUCCAGCAAGGAGGUCUCCGUCCACAGCCACAAGGAACCCAUGACUAAAAACAUGUUCUUCACCUUCGGAGACAAAUGGAAGCUCAUCCGGCAGAACCUCACGCCGGUCUACACGUCCGCCAAAAUGAAGAACAUGUUUCCUCUGGUACAGGAUUGCUGCAGAAUAUUCCAGAAGGUUCUCGAUGAUGAGAUUGGAAAGGGCAGGGUGGUGGAAGUGAAGUCUUUGAUAGCUCGGUAUACUAUGGACUGUAUAACUUCGUGUGCGUUCGGCGUCGACUCUGGCACGAUGUCGAAGGGCGAGGAAGGGAACCCUUUCACUGAAACAGGGCACCUUUUAUUUGAUGAAAGACCAAUUGCAGGUGUGAAGAAUGUCCUCAGAUACGGCUACCCUUCCUUCUUCUACAGCGUGGGAUUAGAGCUCUAUUCUAGCAAAAUUUACCGCUUCUUCCGAUCUGUUAUUCUUGACGUUAUAAACAGUCGUAACGGCGCUAAAUCUUCGAGAAACGACAUGGUGGAUCUUAUUUCCGAUUGGAAGAAGAACAAAUACAUAACGGGCGACAGUAUUGACAAUGGCAUAGACGGUGGAAACAAGAAGGUGCGUAUCGAGGUCGACGACGAACUUUUGGUGAGCCAAUGUGUGCUGUUCUUCCAAGCUGGCUUCCAGCCAAGUGCGCUGACAUCGGCGUACCUGUUGUACGAGUUGGCAAAGAACCAGGACAUCCAAGAGCGGGUGUUGGCUGAAGUGGACGAGUACUGGAGCACUCGGGACGAGGUGCAGACCGACUGCGUGACCGCCCUGCCCUUCCUCGCCCAGUGCAUGGAGGAAUCCCUCCGCAUGUAUCCUCCAGUCUCUGUUCUCAUGAGAGAGAUUUACAAAGACUAUACGCUCCCGAAUGGUGUGCAUCUAAAGAAGGGCAUGAUGAUACAUAUUCCUGUUUAUCAUUUGCAUCACAACCCAAAGUAUUUCCCGGAGCCCGAAGUGUUUCGUCCGGAGCGAUUUUCUGAGGAAGGGAGGAAAAGUAUUGUUCCGUAUACUUACUUACCAUUUGGAGAAGGACCGAGGAUGUGUAUAGGCUACCGUUUUGCAAGGCUAGAGAUCUUCUCCAGCCUGGCAGUUCUGUUGAGGAGGUACCGGGUGGAGCUGGCCCCCCACAUGCCGAGGAAGCUGCAGUUCUUGACCACGUCCCGGGUGCUCACCAGCAUCCACGGGAUACAUCUGCGCCUGCUGGACCGAGUCAACUAGACAUAAGUUGCCGAUACAGUAAAAUAAACUUAAAAGUAAUGCUGAAUAAAUUGUAUAGUCUGUAUAUAGUGCCUUUUCAGAAUUCUUUGACAUUACCUAAUUAUCAUGUCUGGUGUGUUUUUAAUCAUUUAUAGCUGAAAGAUUAAAUGCAACCAGUUGUGUAUUUUCGGGGUUAUCCCGAAUAAACGUUAGCCCUGUCUCAACAGCUCAACUCUGUUCAAGUAGCUCUGACCAAAAUUUCAUGAAAAGCGUUUCGUGUAAAAGCGUACACAAGUACUUGCUUUUGCGGUAAAAAUAUUAAAUCGUUACAUCAUAUUUUCCACUAUCACUCUCCAGUCUCAACUAGGCGUGCAAAAGCAAUAAACUGUGUUAUGAUAAAGUGUACCGAACAAAUGAAUAAUUGCGAGCCUUAUCACCAACAGUCAUCUUUUACAGACACAAUCUCUAAAUAAUUCCGUGGACGAUACAAUUUACACAGAAAUCCUCAGUAAUGUGUUCCCAAAGAUUGUUCGAGCAUUUUAUGACUGUAUCCGUCCGGAGCGCAGAGUAUGUUGUAGUUACAGAGAGAACUAGCACAUUAGGAUAUUAUUUGAUUUUGAAAGAAAGAAAGAAAAACAUUUAUUCUGUGUAUUGUACAUACACACACACACAAUGAGCUAAGAUCAACUUCAGCGUCAUCGUCAGUGUCGCAGCGACAGUAAAGCUGUUUUAACAGCAUGCGGAUUUGAUCACGCACGCGGGAUGGCAUUCCAUUUUUUCGCGUCUCGCGUGCCUAUUCCACGCUUUACAAUAAAUACUUGUAUGAACGCGUGCGGGGUAAUCUCGCGUGCGUAAUCAAAUCCGCAUACUGUUAAAAACAGCCUAAGGUCACGCCGACAGUUGAUACGUCAGUCGGGAUUGCUCCUUCCGUUCACCCCAUGGUAUAAUAAUAAAUGUAUACGUGCACUCUUAAAUAAAUGUUAACGACACGGCACUCUGUCUCACUGUUUCUUGAUUACACUAUAUUCGCGCUGGCAGUCUGCGACCGAAUCUCGAUUUCACGAGGCAGUCAUCUUUGACCGCCGUUUUAACAGAUUCAUAACGCUUACACUGUAAAUACGGGAAUAUGACACAAAAUAAGCACGAAAUACACUCACAAGCAAUAAAAAAGUUACACUUACAAAAUGUCGACAUAACCUCCAUUUAAAAAAACACUUAAUCUAGAAUUUGAUCUGAAGAAUUUAUCAUAAUAUAUUUUGAAAAUAUAUAGGUUUUGAGUUGGUGAUAUUCCGCUGUUAAAUGUUCUUCAAUAUUGCAGACGGCAGCUUCAUUAAGCUAUUCUUUCCGUUUAGGAAUUAUUUGGUGCUAUUGACAAAUGGUGCUUUAAGUGUUCAGGACGAAUUCGUUAUACAUUGCCUGCCAACGAUACCGGUUAUACUCGAAGCCCAUACCUGGAGCGUGGAUGUACGAGUAUCACGGAGUAACUGUCGCUUUGGAUGUAUUCAGGCAAAGAUAUAUAAAAAAUACGCAAUGAAACAAGCAAAAAGUAUACAUUUCUGUGUAAUUGUGAACAUUACGAGUAAUUCUUCUGCUAUUUAUUGCGAAUACAAACGGAUUCCGUUUAUAUUUUAUUGUUGUGUUUACUGUGUGACCCUAAAAUGAAUAAACAAAGGCUGUUCGCUAUA